AUGGACCCUCAAGAUUUGGAAACUUUGAAUGUUCUUCUCGAUCGCGACGUAGAGCUACGGGAGAACAUCAAAGAUCAAGUUAACGAAAUUGACAAGAAAACGCGAACAAUGGUCGGGCUACUAAACAAAAUUCAUUCGACGCCUUGGGACGCAAUGCCCAGCCUUCUGGACUCCGUAAAGCCAGUCUUGACGAGCUGCCAAGAAGUCACCGCCGCCCUGGCCUCUAUCGUUCCUCCCAAUCAGUUUUGGCGAUGGAAAGACCUUUGGUCAAAUUCACUUAGAACGGCCGUUUUUGCCGCUGCCCUUAUUGAAUACCUAUCCAACCGCAGGCUCAUCACGCUGCCCAAGGUAGCCGAGACCCUAGGGUUAAAGAACGAAUGGCAGGAUCGCGUCGCUCUACCAGCUGAAGACUACCUGCAUGGCAUCAUCAGCCUUGUCAAUGAGUUGUCUCGAUUAGCAGUCAACGCAGUGACUUUGGGGAACUUUGACGAGCCUAUCAGGAUAUCCAUUUUUGUAAAAAAUGUGUUUGCUGGUUUCUCCAUGCUCAACCUAAAGAAUGACACACUCCGCAGACGGUAUGAUGGGUUGAAAUACGACAUCAAAAAAAUUGAAGAAGUCGUUUACGAUGUUUCGCUUCGUAGACUUGCUUCUUCAAGUUCUGUUCAAUCAGUACCGUCCACAGCCCAGUAA